AAUGUCGGCAGGUGGCCCACCAGGGCGGCCAGCCCUGCUCUCCCUGCUGUUGGCGGCGGCGAUGGCUUUUUUCUGCUCAGCCAUAUCCAAAGAUGAAGCACGAAACCGGCUGUUGAUGAGAGAGAAGAUGACACGGGUGGGGGGGCGACUGGUGCUGGGCAAACAGGAGGAGCUGGCCAACGCGAGGCUCAUGGCCCUCAAGAAGGCUGAGAUGGCGCAGGCCAUGAAGACCCAGAAGUUCCCACCCAGCAUGCAUUUUUUUCAGGCCAAGAAUCUCAUCGAGAAAAGUGAGGUGUUUAGUAUCCUGAAGAGGAUGCCAAAAGGGGCUGCCUUACACGUCCAUGACUUCAGCAUCCUGAGUGUGGACUGGCUGGUGAAAAAUGUCACCUACAGGCCCCACUGCCAUUUCUGUUUCACUCCAAAGGGGACCCUGCAGUUCAAAUUUGCUCACCCAACUCCCCCGACCCCCACGCCAGCAGAAUGUUCAGAGUGGAUUCUGCUGGAGAAGUAUCGAAGGGGGCUGCAGAACAUCACUGAGUUUGACAACAGUCUGCUGAAGAAUUUCACUCUGAUGACCGAGAACCCCGAGGUGACAUAUGCAAACCAAAAUAUCGUCUGGUCCAAGUUUGGAACCAUCUUCUUCAUGAUCUCUGGCCUCGUCCACUAUGCACCGGUGUUCAGAGACUACAUCUUCCAGGGCCUCGAGGAGUUCUACCAGGACAACGUCUUCUACCUGGAGCUCAGAGCCUUGCUGCUCCCGGUGUAUGAACUGGACGGGACGGUCCAUAGCCGAGAGUGGUCAGUGAAGACUUACAAAGAAGUUGCUUAUAUGUUUGCGAAAAAGCAUCCUGCAUUUAUUGGAAUCAAAAUCAUUUAUUCGGAUGACAGAUCCAAAGAUGUGUCCCUCAUCAUGGAAUCCGUCCGAACAGCCAUGGCGCUUCAGACCAUGUUCCCCAGAAUGGUGGCAGGAUUUGAUCUGGUGGGGCGUGAGGACACUGGCCACUCCUUGUAUGACUACAAGGAGGCUUUGAUGCUUCCAGCCUCGCAUGCAGUAAAACUGCCUUACUUUUUCCACGCCGGAGAGACAGAUUGGCAGGGUACUUCCGUAGACAGAAACCUUCUGGAUGCCCUAAUACUGAACUCUACCAGGAUUGGCCAUGGAUUUGCUUUGAGCAAACACCCAGCAGUCUGGGCUGACUCCUGGAAGAAGGACAUCCCCAUCGAGGUCUGUCCCAUCUCCAACCAGGUUCUGAAACUGGUAUCUGACCUGAGAAACCACCCUGCAGCUGUUCUCAUGGCCACCGGGUACCCCAUGGUGAUCAGCUCUGAUGACCCAGCUGUCUUUGGAGCCAAAGGCUUGUCCUAUGAUUUCUAUGAGGCCUUCAUGGGCAUUGGGGGGAUGACGGCUGACCUGAGGACAUUCAAACAGCUGGCCAUGAACUCUAUCAAGUACAGCGCCCUGUUGGCUAUGGAGAAGAAGGUGGCCAUGAAGACCUGGGAGGAGAGAUGGGAUAAGUUUGUAGCUGACCUGGCCAGGAGGCCCAAGUGAGAAGACAGAUGUUUAUUCCCUGAUUCCUCUGCUUCCCUCCACAAGCUGUCUUCAUUUUCUCUCGAUCAUUCUUGAGUCCACUCCAGUGUAGUCUCCACCUCUAUUUCUUCAUCAAAACUGACCUUGUGAAGGUCGGCAAUGGCCUCCAGAUUGCUUGACCUCUCAGAAAUACUUGAUCAGUUGACCAAACUUUUCUUUUUGAAAUAUUCUUCUCUCAGCCUCAGUGACAUCCACUCUCUUGGUUUUCUCCUUUCUUUCUGGCCGUUGCUUCUGAUGUCCCUUUUCCAGAUGCUCCUUCUCCGUCUGAUCUCUGUGUUGAAUUUCCUCAGCACUCAAUCCUGCCUCUCUUGAGUUCUUGUCUUUUUGCUUCUCUCCUCUUCUUUUCUCUUCUCUUCCCACUCUAUACUCUUUUCCUAGUUAGUUUCAUUCAUUCCUUUGCUUGAAAUACUAUUUAUUUGCUUAUGAUUCCCAAAUUUAUUUAUUCUCUUGGAUGGCUCACAGGAAUCUCAGAAACUACUACGUGCAAUGCUGAACUCUCAGUCUCUUCCCUUUCAACCUUUUCCUGGUCUUUCCAUCUUAGUAAAUGGCACUUCCAUCCAUUCCACCCAGUUGCUCAAAGCAGAAAUUUUCAGUGACAUUCCUGAUACUGCUCUCUCCCCUGCUCCCUAUAUCAAAAUGUAUCUUGAAUCCAUCCAUGCCUCUCCACCUCUACUGCUAUUGGCUGAGUUGAAGCCAUUAUCACCUCUUGCCUGAGUUUUGACAAUAGCCUCCUAAUUGAUCUCCUCAUUCUUCUCUUUGCCCUCUCCAAUUCAUUCUUCACUGAGCAAUGGCUUUCUAAAAAUUAAAUUAAAUCAGGUUAUUCCAUUGCUUACAACUCGGUGCACUUAGAAAAACCCAAAUGUCUCAGCAGGGCAUACAGCAUCCUGUUUAAUCUGGACCCCUUUCAGCAUCAUCCUACCCCAGUUGCCUCUUGUGCGCCAGACUCUAGCCACCCUAGCCCUUUGUUCCUCAGAUACCCCAAGCUCUAUCCUGCAUCAGGGUCUUUCUCAUUCUCUCUGCCUGGAAU